AUACGAAGUAAGACUACCAGUCUACCCUAAUUGGUAUUUCAAAUGAAUUUUUAGUUUGUGCUCGAACCAAACAUUUUUUCUAUUCUCAAUUUCUCUCUAUAAUAACUGCAAAUUUUCCAUUGAAACAAACCCACUGAAUCAAAACCAAUGUAACAGCUUCGACGUUAGAUUCAUUCUAAAAAUCACUUGAUUAUUUUCCCCUUCACUUUCUCUCUCUUUCUCUGCCAACUUUUUUUUUUUCUCCGAGAAAGGGAUUUAAUAAAGCGCCAGUUGGGAAAAGAAGGGUUUUGCUUGAUGGGUGUUUUUUCAAAUUUAAGAGGGUCGAGAGCUGCAGCAGCUCAAGAAGGAUUACCUUUAUCGGAUGGGUUAUCAUCCCCACCAUCGUCAUCUUCAUCGGUUUUGGUUCCUAAGAAGAAAUGGUCAAAAAUUUUGCCUGUUUUUGUUGUUCUUGUGGUUAUAGCUGAGAUCGCCUUUAUGGGUCGUCUUGACGUGGCUAAAAAUGCAGCUCUAGUUGAGUGGGCUGAUAGCUUGUUUUUUAAGCCAUCUUCAUUGCGUGAUUUGGGUUUUGAGAGUGAGGGUUUUGGACAGGGAUUGGGAAAUGUUCGGAAGAAUGAAGGAGAUUUGGACUCAGACAGCUGCAAGGAGUGGUUAGAGAAAGAGGACGCUGUGGUUUACAAAAGGGAUUUUAAUAAAGAUCCUAUCUUGGUUAUUGGUGCUGAGAAGGGGUGGAAGACUUGUGCUGUGGGAUGUCAUUUUGGAUUUGACCCUAGUAAGAAUCCUGAUGCUGCAUUUCGUUCACCUGACCAUGGUGGAACUGCUAGCGUGCACCGAUCAAUGGAAUCAGCUCAUUACUAUCCAGAUAAUAAUAUUGCACAGGCACGAUGGUGCAAAGCCCUGCCUUUGAUUUUCUUGAAGGGUUACAAUAUUGUAAUGACAACUAGUCUUUCAUCAGAUGUGCCAGUUGGAUAUUUUUCCUGGGCUGAGUAUGAUAUCAUGGCACCAUUGCAGUUAAAGACCGAAAAAGCACUUGCUGCUGCUUUCAUUUCCAACUGUGGUGCGCGCAACUUUCGAUUGCAAGCUCUUGAGGGGCUUGAAAAGGAGAAAAUCAAAAUAGAUUCUUAUGGUGGUUGCCAUCGGAAUCAUGAUGGGAGAGUGGACAAAGUGGAGACUUUGAAACGCUAUAAAUUUAGCAUCGCUUUUGAGAAUUCAAAUGAGGAGGAUUAUGUCACUGAAAAAUUCUUCCAAUCUCUUGUUGCUGGAACCAUCCCUGUGGUUGUUGGUGCCCCAAAUAUUCAAGAUUUUGCUCCUGCAAAUGGGUCAGUUUUACAUAUUAAGGAGCUAGAAGAUGUUGAGUCAGUUGCAAAAUCUAUGAAUUACCUUGCAGAAAAUCCUGAUGCAUAUAAUCAUUCAUUAAGGUGGAAGUAUGAGGGCCCAUCUGAUUCUUUCAAGGCCCUAGUUGAUAUGUCAGCUGUACACUCUUCAUGCCGCCUUUGCAUUCACUUGGCAACUAUGAUUCGAGAAAAAGAGGAACAUAGUCCAGGGUUUAAGAAACGUCCCUGCAAGUGCACUAGAGUCUCAGAGACUUUGUAUCAUUUAUAUGUAAGAGAAAGAGGACGGUUUGAAAUGGAGUCCAUAUUCUUGAGGUCUGGGAACUUGACCCUAAAUGCUCUGGAGUCUAAAGUGUUAAAGAAGUUCAAUUCUAUGAAACACACACCAGUUUGGAAGCAGGAACGACCAGAAAGCAUAAGAGGAGAUGAUUAUAAAAUCUACAAAAUAUACCCAUUAGGCAUGACACAGAGGCAAGCUUUAUAUACCUUCAAGUUCAAUGGGGAUGUUGAUUUCCAGAAUCACUUGGAAAUCAACCCGUGUGCAAAGUUUGAAGUGAUAUUUGUGUAGGAUUGCUAGUGUUCAGCACCAACCACUUCGGUAACUGUAAUAUUUGCAGAGAAGUCGAGAUUGAGGUGAAGGUGAUUCUGUGAGAAUAGUGGCAUUCAUCUUCUGCCUUUGUCCUCAUUGUAUCCAAUGUUUUACAUGGGCUAUGAAAUGUAAUAGAUGGAGGCGUUGGUUGAGAGUAUUUAUGGGGGUGAGGUCCUUGUGCAUCAUGAUCAUUUGAUCUUUGACAAAAGUCGCGAUAAGUGAACAAAAUACACAAAAUUGGGGUUUAUUUUUGGUUAAGUUCUAUUUAUAUUGGUUGUAAUUUGUUUUCUGUCGAUAAGUUUUACGUUGAUUUUGUGUUGGAUUUAA